AUGGAUGCUACUGCUCCUCUUUCCCGCUCCUCGUCGCGUCCCCGUCCUUCAUCUAGGCCUACAACUCCCCUCAGGCCCAGCUCUCGGUCAUCAUUCCGCGAGGGUCAUGGAUAUGGAGCUAGUGUCAGCAAUACAGGCUAUACCGAUCCUGCCAUCAAUGCCCUGGAACCCCAGUUUGCAGAGCUCGCUGACUCCAUGGCCGAUCUCGAGGCCAAUUUCAUGCAUCUUCAGUUAAUGCAUGAGAGUCUGACGCGCUUCAGCGAAAGUUUUGCUAGCUUUUUGUAUGGGCUAAACAUGAACGCGUUUUGUGUGGACUUUCCCGAGGCCCCCAUCCCUGAAUCUUUCAGGAGAGCCAAACAAGCAGAGGUUGAGAGAGAGCUUGAAACAGAACAAAAUCGACCCAUACAUGAAGACGAGGCAACGUUUAUGACCACCGACACUACAUUUAUUGAACAUCCUCCUAGCACCACCUCCUCUAAACCAACGCCCAAGUCGUCCUCUGUUCCUUCGCGUGGAACCAGAAGAGGAUCGAAUCCAUCGUUCCGGUGUCCCUCUGGUCGCUCUGAGAACGCCGCCACAAGGGCAGCUAAAGUUGGUAGCGCUCGGCAACGGAUCCAACAGCGGAACACAACUGCUUCACUGUCCAUUGACGAUUCGCUGACGCUGUCGGCUUAUUGGACCCCUCCAUUGAUGCCUGAUUGGGAGACUGAAUGCAUAAUGCUGGUCUAA